AUCAGAGUUAUCAAAAAUGGAGUUUGGAAGCACAAAUACGUUGGCAAUGGAUGCAGCUAUGGAGAGAGCCAGAGAAUUUAUAGAGAAAACCACAGCCGGCGAAGAAGCCGAUCGCGUAUCGCGGCUCACUUUCCCCACUCACCAACCGCACUCGGAGCCGAGUUUCUGGGAGUAUUUCGUUCUCAGAGGUAUUCGGGUCGAACAAGUCCGACCCGGUUCGUUCGUUUGCUCUUUCAAAGUGCCGCCUCGUCUCACUGAUAUAAAUGGAAACUUGUCCAAUGGCGCGAUUGCCGCGAUGGUCGAUGAAAUUGGGGCUGCGGCGGUCCACCACGACGGCCAGCCGAUGGAUGUGUCGGUGGACAUGUCAAUCUCGUACAUUUCGCCGGCGAAGAUGAAUGAUGAAUUGGAGAUUACAUCUAGGUUGUUAGGUCGGCAAGGUGCUUACUCUGGAGCAAGUGUUCUCAUACAAAACAAAACGACUGGUGAAGUUGUUGCUGAAGGGCGGCAUUCCUUAUUUAGCAUACCUGCAAGCAAAAUGUGAGACUCUAGGUACUUUUUGUAUCGAUCUAGAAUGAGAAUGUCACUGCUUAUUUGUGUAAUAAUAAUCUAUAGUUGCUUUCGCGUUGAUAAAACUUCCAGUGUAAAUAUGCUCGAUUUAACCUAUUCGAAGUAAGGGUCAGUGUGCAUUGUCAGAAACAACGUAGGGGUGUUCGUUCUAAUUUUUUUAACACAAGGGCUUUUUUAGCCUUUCGAGAUUACAAAGGGGUUCUGUGCGCAA